UACAUAUAUACAAAUUAUAUAUGAUAUUCAUUAUUAAAAAAUAUCAGUCAUGAAUGAUCCAGAAUUGUGUCAUAAAACUCCUAAUUACAUACUUCUUAUCAAGAUUCGAUUUAAAUUAACUCUACAGGAAUAUCAAAAUGAUGAUAACUUAAAAACUGAAUUCCUCGAUAUAAUAAAACGCGGAAAUAUGACUCGUUAUUAUGAAGAUGUUUGCAAAGAAUUCAAUUGGAAAAUUGAUGAAGAUCUUAUCAACGCAAUGAAACAUAAAAAUGAGGUUACAUGGAAUGAAUUAGAAUCUUCUGAUAAUUCUACUCUUGAGGACACUGAAAAAAAGAAUUGGAGAAAAAAAUUUGAAUUUUUUUGCGAGAUUGGUGAUCUCGAUCGUGCUACAAAUAUCGCCACCUCAAUUUUGAAAGAUGAAAAUAAUUCAUCCAGCAUUAGAAUUGAAGCUGCUUUUGGCUUAUUUAGAAUAACGUAUAUAAGAAAUAAUAUUCGUUCGAUGGGAAAGAUAAUUGCCGAGAUAACGGAUCUGAUGGAAGGAUGUCAUGCAUCGGGUAGUAAUUGGUGUUGUCGUAAUAAAUUGAAAGUAUACGAAGCUGUUCAUUAUCUUGCAACACGAAGCUUUUCCCGUGCUGCAACACUUUUAUUGGAUUGUAUACCUACUUUUGAAUCUUAUGAAUUAUUACCAUUUAAAGAAGUAGUAGAAUACACAUUAUUAUCUGGAAUAAUUUCUUUAUCCCGAUCAGAACUUGAUACACAAUUUAACGACAACGGACUUUUACAACAAACAUUACUUACAGAAGCACCUAAAUAUAGAGAAUUUUUUUAUUCCUUUUAUGAUUGUCAUUACAAAGAGUUCUUCGAAAAUCUCGCCUGGAUAGAGUAUGAACUUAAGAUAAAUCCUUUGUUCCAUUUCCAUUAUCGUUAUUACGUAAGAGAGAUGCGUUUGAAAGCAUACUCUCAGCUUUUACAAGCAUAUAGGACAAUUAAUUUAAGUAGAAUGGCAACAGAAUUUGGUGUGACAGAAGAGUUUAUAGAACAGGAAAUAGCACGUUUCAUUGCGAAUGGUAAAUUACAUUGUAAAAUCGAUAAAGUGGCUAAAAUGAUCGUUACUGUUAGUGCCGCUAGUUGCAAUAGAGGAAAAGCACCUGACGCUUCAUGCGAUCAAGAGCUGGUUUAUCAAAAUAUAAUAAAAAGAGAAUUAUUAAUAAAGAUUAUGGCUUAUCGAAUUCUCUCAAAAUAUCCACGAUCUAUUUAUAAAGGAACCAAAGAAGUUAAACAACAUUUCGAUUAUUUACUUGUAUUAGAUUUCGAAUGCACUUGCAAAAAAUAUGAAAAAAUCGAACCGCAAGAAAUUAUCGAAUUGCCCUGUGCAGCAGUGUGUACAAAAACUUGGAAAAUAGUGAAUAUGUUUCAUGAAUAUAUUAAACCAAAAGUUCAUACUCAACUUACUCCAUUUUGUACUCAACUUACUGGAAUUAUACAAGAUAUGGUAGAUAAACAGCCCCAUUUUUCAGAAGUCUUUACGAAAUUUUGUAAUUGGUUAGAGGAACACAAUUAUUUCAAAAAUGGAAACGAUAGUGCAUUUGUUACAUGUGGCGAUUGGGAUUUAAAAUUUAUGUUACCAGCUCAAUGUAAAUUAGAAAACAUACCAUAUCCAGAACAAUUUAUGAAAUGGAUAAACUUGAAAGGUACUUUUUGUGAUGCAACAGACUAUUAUCCACAAAGUUUGUUAGAUAUGCUUUCAUAUUUUAAACUUCCUAUAAAAGGAAAAUUACAUUCUGGCAUAAAUGAUGUACAAAAUAUGGUUCAGAUAAUACAAAAUCUUCAUUCACGAUAUGAUGUACAAUUUAAGAUAAAUAAUGCACAUUUUGAUGUCAUAAAACAAUAUAUAAAUAAAGAAAUUGAUUGAAAAUUAAUUUAUUGAUAAUAAAAAUAUUGCUUGUAUAAAAAUUCAAAACUGAAUAGCAUGUUUGUAUAAUAAAUAUUUCAAUAAAAAAUUAAUUUUAAAACAU